GCUCUCGCAGGGUGCCCCUUGCCUCACAGUGACCGGCGGCUAGCCAGCGAUAACGCGCCAGGAGCCCUCCGCGAGAGGCGAGGCGAUGCCGGGCUAGGAGCGUACCGAGCCGCGUGCGUCGCGACAGCCGGUGUCGAGCAUGGCGGAGGCGCUGUCCAAGGAGCAGACGGCCGAGCUCCGCGAGGCCUUCAACCUGUUCGACAAGGAUCACUCGGGCUCCAUCACCAACAAGGAGCUGGGCUACGUCAUGAGGUCGCUGGGCCAGAACCCGACCGAGGCCGAGCUGCAGGACAUGAUCAACGAGGUGGACGUGGACGGCUCCGGGACCAUCGACUUCAGCGAGUUCCUCGCCAUGAUGGCCAAGAAGAUGGGCAGCGGCGACACGGAGGAGGACAUCCGCGAGGCGUUCCGGGUCUUCGACAAGGACGGCAACGGCUACAUCACGGCCACGGAGCUGCGCAUCGCCAUGACCAACCUGGGCGAGAAGCUGACGCACGCCGAGGUGGACGAGAUGAUCGCCGAGGCUGACAAGGACGGCGACGGCCUCAUCAGCUUCGACGAGUUCGUCACCAUGAUGUCGCCCAAGUGACGGCGGCUUCCCCCGCGGUCCCGGGCAGCGCCCGUGGAGCGGGCUCACUUGUUCGCCGUUAUCCCCUGUCGCUGACGGCGCCACCCGAGGGCGGCCACCGGCUGCACCGGUUUUGUUUUUCCCUGUCGCUGACCGAGCGGAAGUCCAGCACACUGUGCGUGUGGGUGUGUGUGAUUGUGCGGCACGAAGGGGUGGGAGCUUCCAACACUUCCAUCCUCGGCGGCGUGUGCAACAAGUGUCAGGCUGACGAGUCCGUCGGCGUCCUUCCCGAGGCCGUCGGGAUGCCGUCGGGUGGCCGAGGUACACCGCCGCGCCACCACCGCCGCGCCUCCGCGCCAUGGCGGCAAAUGGCAGACGUUAGCGUUGGUCCCCGUCCAAGCUCUGUCGGGGCGCGGCGGGGCGCGGCGGGCGUGGCGUCGCCUGGCCGCGCACAAGGCCCCGCUGUACGGGGUCAAUUAAUUAAAGGUAGAGGGUUCAGUGUCGCGUCGCAAAGAGCGUCUGGCAGAGUGUGUCAAACGCGAGCGCACGUCUGCACUGCAUGUCCAGAGUGAGGAACAGGGCUUCGAUUAGUUUCGAGUAAUUUCUCAUCGGAUCAACCCUGUUUCAAACGACCAGACGAGAGAAUAAGGGGGCAUUAGUUAGGUAGGAUAUAUUGCAAUCAAUAAGGAGAAACGUUGUACUAGUUUAAAAUUAGGGUAUCUUCAGUGUUCGUGCGAGAUUAUUUGUGCAGGUCAUGAAAGAAAUUAGGUGGAAGUCGGUGAUUUCUUGAUUUUACUUGUCCCAUGAAACGGAAACAUCAUUAUCGUCAGGCAGCAGAUUAAAUAUACAUUGUUGUUUUGUUUGUUGUCGCUGCUCUGCUCCGCUCUGCGCUGCCCGCCACCCCCGACAGUGGCGUCCAUUAGCCCGGGCCGCUGCUUCAUUUCGCGCUCGGCCGGCUCCGUGUUGAGCUGGAAAUUUAAUUACCGCCGGCGAUGUUGUGCGACAGAAAUAAAUUCCGACAGAGUACAAUAAGCCCCCGCGGCCUCACGGCGGCCUCGGGACUGCGGUCCGCAGGCGGUCUCGGCUCGGGAAUCUAAUUGGCUUUGGAGUGACGGCCGGGAAACAACUCUCAGGGGAGGGGAGGGGGAUGGGGGAGGGAGAGACUUGUUAUAACAUAGGAGACAGGUGGUGCUCCAGUGUCCUGUUUCCCUUUGGCGGUGCGUAUUCAUUUAACGAUCCUUCCGGUGGUCGCAGACAAACCGAACAAAUAUAAUAAUAAUAAUAAAAAAAAUAAUACUAUAUACCCUAUCUCGUCCGUGGGUGUAGUCUGUGUUUGUACGCUGUACGCGUGCGCGCCUGUUAUUGGAUGUAUUUAUUUUGGAAAGCGAUCGAGUAUCGGGAAACAGGAGACGGGAGGGGAGGAGAGGGGUGGCCCCUCCUUCCGGUUUUCCCAAGGGAACUUUAACUUUGUUCCGUCGCCAAAAUUUACGCUCUACUCUUUUGUUUGUUGGAGAACUGUCGCCUCACUUCACACUUGCCGCUAAGAAUUUGGCAAUCGCUGAGAUGGAUGGCGGAUGCGACCCUGAUAAAUGGUGGCCCCGCAUGUGUGGCUGGCCCGCGUCUCUCUCUCUCUCUCUCUCUCCCUUUCUGUCGUUCUGUGGCGCGGGGCGGCCGACCAAUGACGUCAGCUCGCUAUGUAAACAAUCCUGCGUUAAAUAGCACGUCUCUCUACUCGCAAAGUAAAGAGGAGGUGGUGAUCAAAAGAGUGGGGGUGGCAAGAGAGUCAGUAGUAUUGUUAUCGCACGUUGUAGUUUUUGUUAUUUAUUGGUAGGUUCUUUUAUUCCAUUAUGUCUCUGAUUGUUGUAUAUAUUAUUGCUAAAAAAAUGUCAGUCUCACAACUGUAACAUUCCUACCGUAUUUUUAACAGAGUUGUGGUGCUAGUGUGGCUGCGCCAAGGCAUUUUCUGUUGCCUGAUAGUUAUACUGUGUGGUCUUGGACUCUGCUGUUGCUAAACGUUAGGAUUUCUCUGGGGAUUUUUUAAUAAACUAGCAGUAAAAUUGAUUAGGAUUUCAAGGGUUCCCCAAAGGUUAUAUCAACGGCUAUAGGUAGAAGUAAGUGGGACUUAUUUACAGUAUCGAGAAAUCUAGGGAGAUCUCAAGAACUGCAGUGAUACGGCGAUCAGUUUAGCGAGAAAAAUGCAAAUAAAUUUAUUUCAUUGAAAAAAGAUAAAAGGCUACGAAAGUGUUCAUGGCGAAAGUCCAAAGUAGAUAGUUAAAAUAAAAACCCCAAGUGCUUCUUGGCACAUUACUAUUAAAUUUGACGUUUACUCAAAAAUGAGAUCGCAACAUUGCUUGUGUUGUAAUAAUAUAAUUAACUCCCCUUUAAAUCUAUUGUUGAACUUAUCCCACCUUUACAAGAUUUGCCUGUGAUAUUCUAUAAGAUUUUACUGAGGCUUGUGAUUUGUUUGUAAUUAGUGUUGCACCUUUGGUUGCACCGUUGCACCCCUCACUGCUCAUAAGUGUAUCUUUCACUUUAUAACCAUGUAGAUGAAUAUUUCGAAAACUGCUCCCAUCAAACCUUUGAUAGAACCAGUCCCUUGAUCAGUGUGUUAGUGUAUUACUUUAACAUGAUUAAGCACCGCAUAUAUACGUAAUUAGUUUAUACUACUAUGUUAAAUAAUAAAUGUAAACUCUUCA